AAUCUCUCUAUAUAUUGAAGCAAGCAAUUCGUCAAUGAAUCCAAGCACAUUAAGGAAAUGAAGAUGGAAAAGAAGAUAGGCCUGUUGGCGGUGGUGUUGCUGGGCGUGGUGGCUUUGGCGGCCGCGCAGAGCGCAUCGAACGUGAGGGCAACGUACCAUUACUACAACCCUCAGCAGAACAAUUGGGACCUGAGGGCGGUGAGCGCUUACUGCUCGACGUGGGACGCCGACAAGCCCUUGGCGUGGCGCAAAAAGUACGGAUGGACGGCCUUCUGUGGCCCCGCUGGCCCUCGCGGCCGGGAUUCCUGCGGGAAGUGCUUGAGGGUCACAAACACAAGGACCGGAGCAAACCAAAUAGUGAGAAUAGUAGAUCAAUGCAGCAAUGGAGGGCUGGAUUUGGAUUUUGUUGGUGUUUUCAAAAAACUGGACACUGAUGGCAACGGCUAUCAACAGGGCCACCUCACUGUCAACUACCAAUUCGUCAAUUGUGGGGACUGAAAACAAGCUCUAUGGCAUAAUCGGACAUUUAUGCUAUUGCUAGCUUCAUAAAUAAAUAAACUCUCCUGAUCAUAGAUUACAUAUAUGUAAGGAGAGGGCUUUAAGUAACUGUUGUUUGCUUGCUACUUAUUAAUAAUCAGCAUAAAUGUCCCGUUUAAUUUCGACGUGAAUAAAUAAAUGUAGGAGAAAUGUGGCAUUACUUUACUUGGCUAUAGUCUCAUCUAUAGCAAAUAAAAGAAGUUCAGGUGAUGGCCCUCUUACUGAA